AUGAGGCACCGCGACCUCGGCCCAGAGCAGGAGAAGGAACUGGGGGAACUUAUAAACAAGCUAGUAGUAGAGAUGUCCAACAUAGGAGUGCGGACGUCAGCGUCGUUUAAACCGAGGUCCAAGUAUCAAGAUCAUGCUAUAAUGUACUUGACGGACCUGGACUGCGCUCAGUCGAGAACUGUUCUUUCUUAUGCUUUAUCAAAAGAACUAUUUCAAUUCACGUACCGAUGGCUGAUACUAGUAACGUCGCCACAACUGCAGCAGUCCAAGAUCUCCCUACUCGAGAACGGACCAGUGCUGGUAGAUAGUGAUGUGGUGCUCGCUGAGAGGAUUGGAAAUAUGUUCAAGAUGACUGAAUUGCACAGGCCUGGACCUAACGGUACAAUGAUAUCAACUCCUCGCGGCUACUACAACGGCAGCGUGGUGGACGUGCGUCCAUACCGCGAGCUGUACCGCCGCCGACGUGACAUGAGGGGGCACUCCAUCACCAUGUCCAACGUCAUCCAGGACAGCAACACCACGCGUGUACAUCUACCCAGGGAGGACAGACUAGAGCUCCAAUACGAUUCAAUAACAAAAGCCUGCUGGUCAGCUGCUAAGAUUGGCUUCGAAAUGAUCAACGCAACUCCUCGGUACAUCUUCAGCUACCGAUACGGGUACAAAGUGAAUGGACAAUGGUCUGGUAUGAUUGCUGAUCUCUAUGCCAACAAGGCCGAUGUGGGCACGAACUGCGUGAUAUUCCGAGAUCGUUUCGACGUGGUAACCUACACAGACCUGGUGGCUCCCAUGCGGAUGCUCUUCAUCUUCCGGCAGCCUCCACUGGCUUACGUGGCUAAUGUCUUCUACCUCCCAUUCUCCACCAGGGUCUGGGUGACUAUAGCUGUAUGCACUGCUAUAGCAACCAUCACACUGUUUCUUGCCAGUAAGGUGGAGAUGGUUAUGACAAAGAGUACGACUCAACAGCAGUUGGACGGUGGUAUAUGUGACGCGUUAUUGUUGACCAUGAGUGCUGUCACACAACAGGGAUGCUACCUAGAACCCAGGCGAGCGCCAGGUCGCAUGAUGGUGUUCGUGCUAUUCACGGCGUUGAUGGCGCUGUACGCGGCGUACUCUGCCAACAUAGUGGUGCUGCUGCAGGCGCCCUCCGACUCCAUCCGCAGCCUACCGCAGCUCGCCAACGCUAAGAUCACUCUCGCAGCCAAUGACGUCGAUUACAACCAUUUUGUUUUUAAUCAAAGCAGAGAGCCCUUAUACACGUCUAUUCGCGACCGAGUCUUUCCUGUAAAUGGUAAAGCAAAACUUUACAGUCUGGCUGAUGGUGUUGAGAAAAUCCGUCAGGGUCUCUUCGCCCUCCACUCAGUAGCAGAACCAGUGUACCGUCAGAUCGAAGCCACGUUCCUGGAGAGUGAGAAAUGUGACAUAGCGACGGUGGACUAUCUCGUCACCUUCGACUCCUUCACCCCCGUGAGGAAGGGGUCACCUUACUUGGAGCUGAUUAGAGUUGUUCACAAACAGAUCCGUGAAUCUGGUAUCCAGUCAGCUAUACGUAGAAGGUACCUCGUCUCCAAGCCUCACUGCACGACCAAGAUGUCCUCGUUCAGCAGUGUGGGGCUGUUGGAUAUGCGUCCUGUGCUCAUACUGAUGCUGUAUGGCGUUGCCGUCUCCGUUAUCAUCGUGAUUGGAGAGAUUAUUGCCCAUAAAUUGAUUAACCGAUACUACAAGCAGAAAUCUAAAGUACAGAUGGUUAAGACCAUACGUUACUAA